AGCUUGCCCGCGCAAACUUCUUGCCGUUGCGCUAAUGGGGUCGAUUUUGACCUUGCUGUUUGGACGGCCGAAGCUGGCGCCGCCAAAGCCCGAGGGCUCUGCAGACCCGGCCGCCUCUGGCACCGCCGCGGGCGCUUCGGCUGCGGCUGCCGACGCCUCUGCCUUGCGGGAGAACAUCCAGAAGAAAGGCGAGAACGCAUACUACUAUGCCCACAACCGGAAGUUCGAGGUGCCAGCAGAUGCCAAGGUCAUCUCUGGCCCUGGGCUGGUCACAGGCGGCCCGCCGGUCAAGCUGGACAUUGAGGUCCCUGAGGUCAAAUCUUUCUUCGGUGACAUGGCAAAGGGCGAGGCGAAUGCGCCUUCCGCAGAUAAGCCCCUCGAGGCGAUUCGCAAUUUUUCCUGGACCGACGAUGGUGGGAAGGUGAAAGUCUACUUGCAGCUUCCUGAUGGAACUCUGCAAGAUGCGUCCCAAGUGACCUGCGACUUCCAGCCGCACAGUUUCCAUGUGCAGGUCUCUCAGGACAAAGGGGCAAGAUACAUGUGCAAGAUGGACCCGCUCUAUGGUGAGGUUGUGCCGGAGUCCUGCAGCUUCCGCUCCAGCCUGGAGAAGUCCAAAGUCACUGUCACGCUGACAAAGAAGAAGAAGGAUCAGACGUGGUAUGAUCUAAAGAAAAACUGACGCACUUGGACGACAUCUGCGAUCAACGUGUUUCCACCGUUUCACCCACCUGCACCAGCCCAAGAGGCGUUGAGGGACGCCGACCGUGUGGCAGCGCCGGAGGGAAGACAAAGC